AUGUUCUUAAAUAUAUGUAUUGUAUUUCUUGUAAUAUUUCCAAAUUGGAUUGUUGCUACGAAUGCCGUAAGUCAAGGUAUACAAGCUAAACAAAUAUUUCUAAUCAUCGGUCUUAUGCUUGGAUCUGUCCUUGCUACUUUUGGUUUAAUGUAUUUUAUUUAUUUUGCAAUAAAAUGUAUGAAAAGAACAAUGACUGAACCUCAGUAUUGUAUUGAUGAUUGUGAUUAUGAUACAUACUCUCAAAUUAAACCAGUUUUAACUGUUUCACAUAUGGCUACAUCAGUUAAACAAUGUCUAGUUGAUUUAUAUAUUUCUCUUAUACCAUUUAAUUGGUCACGUGCUCAAUCUGUAUAUGAUCAACCUAGUACAGUUAAUGAAAAAAAGGAUAUAUCGUUUUAA